AUGUCUUCUAGUUGUUGGUGGAGCGUAGGGCUGACGUCAGCGUGCGCUGACUUCAUCCCCCCCCUCGGGCUCGAACUCGAGCUAGAGCUGCCUUCGAGCCAGCUCGUCUUCGUGGGUCCCACUCCCAGCUCGUCUUUGUGGGUCCCACUCCCAACCCGGAUUUGGGCUCCUCGCUGGAACUGGGGAAUCGAACCCUGGUCAGUACCGUGGGAGGAAUCUAUUGUGUCUGCGAUGGGGACGAGGCAUAUGGAGAUGAAGAAAUCCUUCAAGUUCUGCAUUCGUUCCCUGCUCACUCCCUGUUCUAAGCAGGAAUUUUGCCAAGCAUUUCCGAAUUUUACAACUGCGGAGCAAGAGCGUCUUCAUAGGAUGUUUAUUCAGGUCAUCACUUCUUUGCAUGGAAAUGUAGAGGAUGAGUUUCAGUCAGUAUGCCUUGAAACACAGGUGGGAACUGCUCUUGAUACUGUUGAACAACUUGUGGAAGAACAAGCUCUGGAUUGUUUUUUUUCAGAUAAGACUAAUGUAAUGGAUGUUGCUCAUGAUCUGUCCACAAUGAAGAAGGAUCAAAUCCAGUACUUGACAAAGAUGCUGGAAAUGGCUGAAGAACAGAAUCAGUGUCUUCGGGAUCGUGUAGAGCUUUUAAAGAAAGAAAGGCUAGAUGUGUCAGGCAUGACAAAUGCUGUUGAGCAGUUGAGAAGUGGGAGUGUAAUGUAUGGAAUGUACAACAGCAACAGCCUCCAUAAUCCAUGA